GGCCGGGCGCUCGCAGUGUCGGCGGGCGGUUCCCACGGCCCUUUGGUGUGGCCGGACCUCGGUUGCACAGCUGUGAUCUUCAACCUCAGAAGGAUGCAUCCUGACUUAUCUCCACACUUGCAUACUGAAGAAUGCAACAUCUUGAUUAACUUACUUAAGGAGUGUCACAAAAAUCACAACAUUCUGAAAUUUUUUGGGCAUUGCAAUGAUUUUGACCGGGAGAUGAGAAAAUGCUUGAAGAAAGAGUAUGAGGAAAAGAGGAACCGGAGUCGGGAGCGCGGGAUUGCCAUGCGCAAGAGGCUCUCCAGUCUCCCCGAGGAAUCGGAAAAGUAGCUUCCUCUCCGUGGAUGCCAUGGUGGAGAGAAGACUGAAGGACUUCUGGUUGAUCACAAGAUUCCUCUUGUUGGUCUCCAGAAUCCCGAGUGGAGAGUGAACACAAAUAAUCGAACCAUGGUGAAGAGGAAAACCUGGUGGUUUUAGUACUAUGGAGUCUGACAAUGAACCCCAUCCCUUCCGUGCUGUUCCUGCUGUUCACAUCCAUACAGUUCUGGAGUAGCUUAUCUCCUCCAAUAAAAUAGUUGGAGUCUUUUUUUU